CGCUCUUUCCGGAUCUCAGAGUAGGCAUACUGAGGUGCUGAGCAAGUAUAGGAAGCCUGCUGGUGCACAUACACUCAUGUAUGCUGCCCGCAGACGUCUCCCGCGGAACUACUACCCGCGACUGCCGCAGGAAGUCGGUAUUGUAGUAUGCCGAUCGGGAAUUGCGGGGCAACUCAAACAGGCUCAGCGUGAGCGUGUCGCACCAUUUACUCACAGUUGCAUCUGCUGCGCGCUCUCGGCCUCGCCUAUCUUAUCACUAUCGAUCUCAACGACCAGAUGUUGUAAGUCAAGGGCGCAUAUCGCUCCAACGCUCCAUGAUACACCACUCUUCGACUGCGGUAUUGCUAGAUAACCACGUCCAGGCACAAUCCAAGCUCACUCACACCUCGAUUCCAGCCUUGCACCUCAUUCUACAGCACUCAGCGACUUUCAACCCUCUCUCCACUGUACGGGUGAACCAUUCCUACCCACGUCUACUCGCCACGAAUCGAUGUAGGUCCAGUAAUCGGACUUCAGGUGACAGGGCCUUAAACUGUCUCUCGCGCGAAUCACCACAGUCGCUGAGCGCCGCACCGUCCGCCAAGCAUCCUCGCAGUCCUCAGUCCCACUCCGCGUACCUUCUGUGGUUGCCGGGUCACAUGAUAACAGCUUGUUGGAAAUCGCGAGCUUGUAAACAUCGCUCUUACCUCAACGAGGUUGGAUUGCUGGGGCUCAAUGUGGUCGGCAUGCCAGGUCCCACGAAGCUCUCAUCUCCAAGCUCUGACGCCUCUGCUGCUGUAGCACCAGCGAGAAGCAGGACUGUAUGUGCCUCAAGCUAUGGUCGCUGGGAAGAGGGCAUGACACCGGCUAGCUGAGCGGACCUCUUCGGGCGGGCCCUGUCGGCGACGCAUCGCGGAACGCUUCGGGUCCCAUCGGCAUCACCAUAGACUUUGCCUUCGCUGCCACCCCGCCCACCAUGCAAGUUCCCCGCGCGAGUAGAUGCCGAUGAGAACGCCGUAUCAGCUGACCUAGAGCAGAAGAAAUCGAUAUUAACAGACCCCGAUCAGCGCCCCACACGUACCCCGCCAUGAUCCGUCUAAUCUGUGGAAAUUGUCCAAUCUGUGGAAAUUGAGGUGGAAAUGCUGAUGCUUGGC